AUGUCUCAAACCGGUACUCAAACGGCCAGCUCGGAACUCACUCUCUAUGAUCUAGCCAGCCAAGAUCACUGUGCAAGUUGGUCACAUAAUGCGUUGAAGACGCGUCUACUUCUAAAUUACAAAGAGAUACCAUACAAGACAACAUGGAUCGAAUAUCCAGACAUAGAACCAAUCUUCAAAUCUCUCCAGGUCCAGCCAAACACAUCUGGCAUCCAAUACACAAUCCCCACAAUCCAAAUACCAGAAGUAGGCUAUGUCCAAGAUUCCAGCACCAUUGCUACCCUCCUAGAACAGCGCUACCCUACUCCAUCUCUAAAAAUCGAGACUCCUGAACUCUCUCGAGUCGAAGAUUUGAUUCCCAAGCUUCAACUCUCAAUUCGUCCACUCUGGCUGCCUCUUCUUGCUAAGGGGCUCUUGAAUGACGCUUCACGCGUCUAUUUUGAAGAGACCCGAAAGGAAAGAGUCGGUAUGGAUAUAUACGAGUAUGGUGAAAAGGAAGGCAAAGAGGAGUGUUGGGGAGAUGCUGAACCCGUCGUUCGCGAAUUAGGGAAGUUGCUGAAAGCUAAGGGUGGUCCAUUUAUUGAGGGAGAGACACCGACCUAUGCAGACUUCUUCAUCGUUGCUACUCUGCAAAUGAUAAACAGGAUCGAUGCAAAAAUCCUCGCGCGGUUGGUAGAAAUGGAGGACUCUUUGGGAAAGGUACAUACAGCCUGUAACCCUUGGUUGAAACGGGAUGACCAUUGA